UCGAUUCAGACGAGUACCUAUAAAAGUAGCAAAUAUCAUGGAGAAAGAUGAGUCAUCUAAAAAGUGGAGAAAACACCAGACAACUCAGCAGCUGAAAAUGCAUAUUUCGUCUUGUAUAAUUUUGAUUUUUGCGGUUGUAUUUGUGAUUCACUUGCUUGGAGCUUUCGCCACGGUUAACAGUAUCCAUGUUGAACGAGACAAUGGAAACACUACACCAAUGGAGACAACAACUACUGAUCAAGUUGAAGAAGGCGAAGUCAACCAUGCUGUCGAUCAACCCGUCACCCCUCGUCGUUUAAGUUUUUCGGAGCGUCGAAUAGCUUGCCUUAAUGCUUGCAAUAUUGUCAUCGAAUACCUGUCGGCGUGGCGUGCCUGCAGAGCGCACUGCUAUUACCUUUAUGGAACGGGCGGAUAUGGUAGACGGUAAUGUCUUUUUCUUUACCGCUUGUGUCAAUGUUGUUGUGGUUGCCCCCUAGCUGAAAAAAGCUUGAUGAUUGUACGAAAGUUAUUUGUUUCUCUUCAUAGCACCAUUUCACUCUGAGUUCUA